AUGGUACGAUACUGUGGACACCAUUACCUAAGACAGUUCAUUCGCAGGAAACCAGUGAGAUCUGGAUUCAAACAGUGGGCCGUGUGCCGUUCUCAAAGCGGUUUCUGUUACCAUAUGUCAGUCUAUGAAGGAAAAUCGAAGACUCCUGAACAACACAAAAUAUAUUUUAAUAACUUUUUCACGAGUUUCAGAUUGAUGAAAGGGCUCUCAGAAAUGAGAGUAAGGGCAACUGGAAAUGUCCAUAUGAACCGAAUGAAUAACUGUCAAAUAGAAUCUGAGAACAGCAUGAAGAAGAAACGAAGAGGAGGGUAUGACUAUAGGUUUGACAAGAAUACGGAGAUAAUGGCAGUAAUGUGGAAGGAUAACAAUUGUGUACAGCUCUUGUCAAACCAUGAGACAGUGCAUCCAGUAAACCAAGUAAAGAGGUGGAGCAAAGCUAAGAACAAAGAAGUGCGAGUUUCACAGCCAAGAAUGAUUUCAGAAUGUAGCAAUUAUAUGGGAGGUGUAGACAAACUGGACUGA